AGAUGUGAACUUCUCACACCUGAAUUUUUUAUUUACAGCUCCAGUACAUCCAUCAGAUCAGGAAGAGGGUAAAGAAUUGGGGAGCAAGCAGCAUGAAGUUGUGUUUGGUUAUGAGAAGACAUCCUCCAGUUCUGAAACAGUCCCUGCUCAGGAGUCUGGUGAGAAAAUCAGAAUGGGUAACAUUCCUCUUGAAUGGUUUCCAUACCUUGCAUUGGAUAUACAAGGCGACAUGGAAUGGAAAAAGCUUGGGAAAAGCUUAGAUCUGAGUGAUGCGGAACUCAAUGGUAUUGAGAUAGACAACGGUGAGGAAUACGAGCGAAGUUAUAAGAUGCUAAAAACUUGGUGGCAGAAAGGUGCUGCCUCCUAUGACAAGCUUGCGUUUGCCCUAAGAAAGCAUGAUCUUGAAGAGAUUCGUCGAGACUUCUGUCUUAUGGAAUGCACUCCACCCCUAAAGGAAGUUGUGAAUUUGCCAGGGAACCUAAAGGAAGGACCAAUAGACGGGAGAGAUUUACCAGACAUAGCUGAGGCCGUGAUGGGAAAAUGUAAAAGACUGGGUAGGGCACUUGGGGUAAAAGAUAAUCGAUUAGAUAAAAUAGUGAUGGACAACCCAAAAAAAGGUUCUGAGCAGUCCUAUCAAAUAUUAAGAGCAUGGAAGCAGGCCAAUGGUAAUGGUGCUUCUUACUAUUCCCUAGCGCAAGCCUUGUAUGACCGCACUGUCAAUUUGGGUGUAGUUGUGAGUGACUUUUGCCUCAAGAAAACCCAAUGAUAUUGUGGCCACAGGUGAAACCUUUUCUGAGUAGUUGUUUUCAGUGUGGAAAGCUAGCCAGAAAUAUUUCUCAAGUUUAGUAAAUUUUACAUCUUUGAUAGUAAUAUGCAAUCUUGUCAUUGCAAGAAUUUCGUUGUUAGACUAUAUUCACAAAAUACUCACAAGUUUGAUGGCGAAGAGGGUGGUGGGGGAAGGGGGGCACCAGUCAUCUUUCUGGAUAUUCCCCUAGGUCUCUCCAUACACUGGUGGCCCCUAAAUCCAAGUAGUGUUCCUGAUGUUUUAAAUUAUUGUGUCUGAUAUUUUUAUUUUUGUUGCUGUUGUUCACUUGUGUAGCAAUAGUAGUCACGUGAAUUUAAAGACAAGGAAAAGCUUGGUGCCAUCAAUUCACAUACAUUUGAAGCUAGUACAUAUAAAGCAAAAAAGCAGGGUCAAAAGCGAAAAAAUGUAAUUUGUGAUAAUCGCAAUUAGCAUAAAUUAAAAUUUUCCCAGCAUUUAUCAGAGGACUGAAGGGGAGUGUAGUGCGGGGAGAGUUAUGGGAUCGUACUUUGUAAUAAUUAUUUGAGAUCAUUAGUAGGGCGAGGUAUUUUACGGUCAGCCUUCGCCAUGUUAAGUUGGUCGGUUUCAUUUUUGUAUAAAUUUAUUAAGUCUUUUUUGUUUAGUUUUUUCCUGGAAUAUCGUCAUGUUCACAUCAGGUUUUACUAAGAGCUGUACUCGCAUGCUUCUUUAAGUAACUUUUAUGUACUUGUGUAUAUCAUGUUAUUCAUAGGAUACCCUAAGACCCGGAAGAUGGCACCACUGCAGUGGUCAGGGGUACACGUUCUCUUCUUUUUUUAUUCCAAGGGCCGGUUUUAUGGGUUUUCGUGUUUGGCUUUUGUGCAUUCAGUUUCCUUCACUGAACUGUAAUUAUGAUGAGCUCUUUUAAGCAUAAUAGCUUUAAAUAAACGGACUUGGCUAGCCAACGCGCCCAGAUAUUAACAAUUUUCGCGCUCGGUCGAGUAGUGGCGGCAAAAUAACUAAGGGGAACUAAGGAAAUAAAUGGUAGGUCUUGGUCCUUAGAAGCUUUUUAUCUCCACUGACUGCGGGAAAAUCUGGCAUUGGCUACUCAAAAAAGAGAUUUUUUAAUGAGAAAAAAAUUACUACAUUUGAAUAGUAUUCAAUUCCAUGCUCCUACCUGGGAGAAAAAUAAUUUUCUACUUGUGAGUAACUAGAUAAAUCAAGCAAACAAAAGAAUCCAGUUUAUUACGAUUACUCAUCUCCUCUUUGUUUGUAAGAAAUAAAUGUGCAACUUUUUUUCAGUACAACAUGAUUAGUGUAAUCUUCAUGAAACUUUUUUGAUUAAAACCAAAUCUACGA